CGUUGAAACCGAUCAUUGGAAGAGAAUAAGUAGACUGUAAAGUCGAAGUCUAGAAAGACGCUUGUAAAUAUUACAAGCACCUCGUGGCCCUUUAUCAUUUCUUAAAUUCGCAAUCUAUUUCAAAGCCUAGAUAGACUUAAUAAAAAUUAGUUGCUACUUAAAAAUUAAAAUAUGUUUGAUAACUCGAGCGACGAAGAUGAUGGCUUGGAAACUCGACAGUCAACGCGAAAAGGCUCACGUGUUAGUACAGCGUCAUUCACAAGUACAUCGGCAGUAAUUGGGAAUAUUUCUGAGGAUGUGCUGAGGGUUUGGAGUAAAUUGCCUGAGGCUAUUCGUCUCGAUCCAAGUCUGGCUUAUUUUCAAAAAGAGUAUGAAAAAGCUCAAGAAAGAGCCCUGAGUGGCACAGAGGAUGAUGGAUAUCUCAAUCCCAAUGAAAAAUUGAAUACCCACGAAAGGAAAUUGGGCCCCAUUGCUCGAUAUAUAAAACUAGCUUUACUUGUAAGCUGCUGGAUGGCUUUUUUUAUAACAUUAAUGAUCACUAGUGAAAAAUAUGAAAUUCCUCAUCAAAUUAUAGUCCCAAAAAAUGAAAUACAAAAUCUGACAGUCAUUGACGGUAUAUAUGAUAAAAGAAUCAGUGUGACAAUAGAGGGUUCGUUACUACCGAAUUUAAAGGAAAAUGUUAAUAACAGUUUAUCCAGAUAUUAUUUGUCAGUUUGGCUGGAGAUGUACGAUCAAGAUUCCAAGAAAGGAGUAUUGCGCGAAGACUACAUGUCAAGAAAGAAUAUAUCGGAAGUCUGGACUUUGUCUUUAUUCCCACCCGAAUUAAUAGACGUAUUUCCAAAUCAACAGCAAACCAAACUCUUUCAACUUCAGAAUUACCCAGAAAAAUUGAAUCAUCGACUGCUCAUACUAAACUUAAAAACAAAUUUGAAUACAACAAUUCCUCUAACUGUCUCUUACGAUGUAUCACCGAUAAAUGCAGAAGAUGGAAUAGCCUAUGGAGCAAUUGUUUUAGUUGGACUCUACGUGCUCAUUGUAUUCGAGAUAGUUCACAGGACGAUUGCUGCUAUGUUGGCUUCAACUAGUUCUUUGGCUAUUUUAGCCGCUCUACACGAGAAGCCAACAAUGAGUGAAAUCAUAUCGUGGAUUGAUGUUGACACUUUAUUGCUGCUAUUUUCCAUGAUGAUACUUGUCGCAGUUGUAGCAGAUACCGGAGUUUUUGACUACUUAGCAGUAUAUGCUUAUAAGAUUACCAGUGGGCAAGAGUGGCCACUCGUUAGUACACUGUGCUUUUUUACCGCCAUAGUUUCAAUUUUUUUGGAUAACGUCACAACGGUCCUGUUGAUGACACCCGUCACAAUUCGACUUUGCGAGGUUAUGCAGUUGAAUCCAGUGCCGGUGCUCACGGCGAUGGUUAUAUUUUCGAAUAUUGGCGGUGCUAUGACGCCAGUCGGUGAUCCCCCGAACGUUAUCAUCGCGUCGAAUCGCGAUGUCGUUAAUGCGGGUGUUGGAUUUGGCACUUACACUGCCCACAUGAGUAUCGGUGUAAUAUUAGUUUUAAUAAUAGUUUACGGUCAUUUUCGUUUCAUUUUUCGCAAUUUGGAGGUGUUACGUUUUGAUGAACCACAAGAUGUCCAGGAAUUAAGACACGAAAUUUUAGUUUGGCAAAGAGCCGCAGCCAGUCUUUCAAGUUACAGUAAGGAAGAAAAUCUUGUGAGAGAAACAUUAAUAAAAAAAGUAAAGCGCUUAUUACAACAAUUGAAGCAAAAAUUAAUAACUGGCAGUGUUUUAAUGGAUCACUAUAGAACAACAUUAGAAGAGUUACAAGCAAAAUAUCCAAUUAGAAAUAAAUUAUUGCUGGCAAAAUCUGGAUUUUCUAUGAUAUUGGUCAUAGUACUCUUCUUUUUUCAUAGCCUACCACAUUUCAAUUUAUCUUUGGGUUGGACGUCGUUUCUAUGUGUUUUGUUGCUUCUUAUAUUAGCAGAUACAGAGGAUCUUGAUGGCCUUAUGGCGCGCGUAGAAUGGAGUACUUUAUUAUUUUUCGCCGCCUUAUUCGUGUUAAUGGAGGCUCUAACAAAACUUGGGUUGAUGGCUUGGAUCGGUAAAAAAACGGAGCUUGUUAUUCUAUCUGUGAGCGAGGAGUCAAGAUUAGCGGUGGCCAUUUUGUUGUUGUUGUGGGUGUCGGCGAUUGCUGGCGCCUUUGUCGAUAAUGUGCCACUCACGACAAUGAUGAUUAGAAUUGUUACCGGAUUGGCGGAAAAUGGCAAACUGCAACUACCUUUGCAGCCACUUAUUUGGGCUUUGGCUUUCGGUGCUUGUAUGGGAGGGAAUGGGACUUUGAUUGGAGCAACUGCAAACGUUGUAUGUGCAGGUGUCGCCGAACAACAUGGAUAUCGCUUUACAUUUAUGCAAUUUUUCAAAAUGGGAUUCCCAGUAUUAUUCAGCAGUACCAUGACCAUUACAGUUUAUUUGAUGGUAGCUCAUGUGAUUUUUGAUUGGAAUAAUUAAGUUUUAAUUUCGUUUACAAAAACCAUACGAAAUUAGGAA